AUGCGGCUUGCGUUGAUUGCCCUCAGUGCCAUCUGGGCUUCUAGCUCAGUCGCCUCUCCAGUACAGCAAACCACCUAUCACAAACCAACCUCAAAGGGAUUUCGUAUGCUGCACGGCUUCGAAACCGUUUUGGUGCAGCCUUUUGGAUACGAUGGCUUUCGAGUUCGGGCGUGGCCAUUCCGGGCGCCGACGGGCCAUGAGAUCGGAUUUGUCUACGACCCACCUCUUGAAGGACCCGAGGAUGGAGAGGCACAUGGAAUGACUUUUGAUACGGCCUUCAACGGCAAUCGAUCAGAAGAAUUGCGCAAUGGAAAUAUGAUCGUUCGCACCUCCGGAUGGGGUGGUAGCCCGGGAGGCUAUCGUCUUGCUUUUUAUCGAGCCGAGGCUAAUGGCUCGGAGACUCUCCUUACUAAUGAGUAUGCACCACUCAAGUCACUCAACCCGCGGUACUACUCUUGGACAGGUCCAGGAAGCGAGUUUGCCGCCGAGUUUUCCUUCAGUACCACACCAGAAGAGCAGAUAUAUGGUACAGGCACCCAACAGGAUCAUCUUGUCAACAAGAAAGGACUGACCAUUGACCUCAUCAACUUCAACACACAUAUCCCGACCCCGGUUUUCAUGAGCAACAAAGGGUAUGGGUUUAUUUGGAAUAUGGCCUCCACCGGUCGUAUGGAGUUCGGCCCAUUGCGCAACAGAUUCACCGCUGAUGCAGCAUCGGUGGUUGACUAUGUGAUUGUAUCGUCAGACCCCAGUGACUACGACACACUCCAACAACGGCUCUCUGCACUCGUGGGCCGGGCGCCCACUCCACCUGAUUGGUCUCUGGGUUACCUCCAAUCCAAGCUUCGAUAUGAAAAUCAAAGCGAGGUUAUUCAAUUAGCACAGCAGUUCCACGAUCACAAGAUCCCGGUGUCCAUGAUUGUCAUCGACUACCAGUCUUGGGCCCACCAAGGAGAUUGGGGACUUGAUCCAGCCUUGUGGCCCGAUGUGGCAGAGAUGGCCCGGCAAGUGAAAGACCUGACCAACGCCGAGAUGAUGGCGUCUCUUUGGCCCAGUGUGGCAGAUGACAGUGUCAACUAUUUGGAAAUGAUGGCCCAAGGAUUUCUUUCAGCUACCCGGUCCGGGCCUGGUACGACAGAUUCCUGGAAUGGAUCAUAUAUCCGCAACUAUGACUCCACCAACCCCGGAGCACGUCGCUUCCUAUGGAACACACUGAAACAUAACUACUUUGACAAAGGUAUCAAAAAUUUCUGGAUCGACCAGGCGGACGGUGGCUCGCUGGGUGAAGCAUAUGAAAACAAUGGCCAAAGUGACUACAUCCAGUCUCUCCCUUUCCCCAUGCCUGAUGUAUUGUAUGCAGCGGGUACACAGCACAGUGUUGGGAAGCUCUAUCCAUGGGCCCACCAGCAGGCGAUCGAGGAAGGAUUCCGCAAUGCAACCACAACAGAGAUGGGAUCCCCCUGCGAUUACCUGUCCCUGAGUCGCUCUGGAUACAUCGGCUCCCAGCGAUUCUGCAGCAUGAUCUGGUCGGGCGACAUCACAUCAGUGUGGGAGACUCUUGGCGCACAGGUUGCUAGUGGAUUGUCCGCCGCUGCGACCGGCUGGGGUUGGUGGACCCUGGACGCAGGCGGCUUCCAGGCAGAUCCAACAGUUCCGUGGAGUGCCAACAUUGAUUCUCCAGAAUAUCGCGAGCUAUAUGUCCGCUGGUUCCAGUGGUCAACAUUCCUGCCGUUUAUGCGCACCCAUGGAUCCCGCACGUGUGACUUCCAGGACGCAUACACCUGCGCGAAUGAGCCUUGGUCCUAUGGAUCUGAGAAUACACCCAUUCUUGUGUCUUAUAUCAAUCUCCGAUAUCAGCUGUCUGCGUAUCUCCGUGCGGUCUUUGUUCAGCUCCACAAGAGUGGCCGAAUGAUCAUGCGUCCCUUAUACAUGGACUUUGAGAAGUCGGAUCCCAAUGUCGCUAGAUGGACGCGCACAAAUACCAACACCACCACUCAGCAAUAUAUGUUUGGUCCACGCUUUCUUGUUAGCCCGGUUACAAUCCCCAAUGUUACCGAGUGGUCUGUGUAUCUGCCACAAACGGCCGGCGAUGAGUCUAAGCCAUGGACGUACUGGUGGUCAAAUCAGACUUACUCUGGGGGUCAGACAGUGACUGUACCUGCACCGAAAGAACAUAUUCCAUUGUUCCAUCUGGGCACUCGGGCGGACAUUCUCGAUGGACGCGUUUUUGCGUAG